AUGCCGGGCUUCGCGGCUUUGCCGCCGGUGCCUCCGCGCGGCCCGCGGGGGCGGCAGGAGCCGCUGCCCGGGCUGGAGUGCGUCCUGCUGGGCGACGGCGCCGUGGGCAAGACCAGCCUGGCUCUCAGCUACAGCACCAACGGCUUCCCGGCGCGUUACCUGCCCACCGCCCUGGACCGUUUCUCCGCUGUGGUCGAAGUGGACGGAGCCCCGCUCAGGCUGGAGCUGUGCGACACUGCAGGGCAGGACGAGUUCGACGGGCUGCGGCGCCUGUGCUACGGGCGGGCCGAGGUGUUCCUGCUGUGCUUCAGCGUGGUGUCGCCGGCCUCCUUCGAGAACCUGUCGGCCAAGUGGCUGCCGGAGCUGCGGCGCCGCUGCCCGGCCACGCCGGUGCUGCUGGUGGGCACCCAGGCCGACCUGCGCCACGACGUGCAGGUGCUGAUCGCCCUGGCGCGCCGCCGCCAGAAGCCCGUGCCCGCCGCCGCCGCCCGCGCCCUGGCCGCCAAGCGGGGCGCGGCGGGCUACGUCGAGUGCUCGGCCCUCACCCAGCACAACCUCAAGGAGGUCUUCGACGCCGCCAUCGCCGCCGCCCUGCGCCGCCGCCCGGCCCCGACGCCCCGCGCCCGCCUCCGGACCCUCUCCAAGGCCUGGUGGAGGAAGUACGGCUGCCUGCGCCGCUAG